AUGGAUAAUAAUCACGAUGAUAAUCAUACUGAUGCCAUUCACGAUGGUAAUGACGAUAGCCAAACUACUAAUGCAGCUACUGUCAUUGGUGGUGAUGGUGGUCAAAUAAAAAUCGAUUGCAAUACAUUUCAACCAAAUGAAGAUAUCUAUUAUUGUUUAGUUUAUUUAAUCCUUUAUAAAAAUGCAGUUUUAUAUGAAAAUAUACCACAUUGUAUACCGACUAUAGAUAAACAACAACAACAACAACAACAACCAAAUGGAAAUUUUGUUCACUUGGAUAGUUUUACAAAAUCAUCAUCAGCAUUUCGAGAUAUCGUUGGUCAACAUCGUGCUGUGUCAUCAUCAUCAUCGUAUCCAAGUGAGAUUAAAUUCAAUUAUAACAGUAACAACAACAAUAACAACGAUGAAUCAAAACGUAAAAAGAAUAAACGGAUCGAUCAAGCAAAUAAUAAUGAAGAGGAAUCUGACAAUGAAAAGAAACAAAAACAAAUCCCAAUGCACAAUAAGAAUGAUGCCAAAAAUAAUAAUAACAGUAGUUUGAAUGAAUUUGACAGCUACAAUCGAAUGGAUGAAUAUUAUUAUCAUCCUACUACAGCAGCUGUAUGUAUUAUUUCAAUUGACAAGCCAGAAAAAUAUCUAUUUAAAUUGUUAAAUAUUGAACCAAGUAUGGAUUGGUUGGCGGAAAAUCCACGAUUAGCUACAUAUUUUACUGAAACAAUAUUCAAUAAUAAUGACAAUAAUAAUAGUAGCAAUUUAGAUGUAUCAUCGAUUGAUUAUUCACAUUUUUUAGUGGUCAGAAAUGGUCGAUUAUCAAUCGAUCCACAAAUCAAUAUUAUUGAAAAUCAUUCACAAAUACAUUAUCUACAAUCAAAUUAUUUACGUUUAGAAGCAUUAUCAUCAAUGAAUUUAACAAUAAAAUUUCAAAAACGUUCUUAUUAUCGUCGUAAACAGCGUGAUAACCAUUACAAUAACCAUGACAAUAACCACGAUGAUGAUUAUUAUAAUGAUAAUGAUGAUGGCGGUAGUGGUAGACACAAAUAUCAUAUACGACAAACAAUAUGUGACAAUAGACAAGAAUCUUCUUCUUCUAAUCGCCAACUUGAUUAUUAUGAUAUAUAUGAACCAUUGACGAUGAAAAUUAUUGAUGCUACUAAAUCCAUCACGAACACUUUUGAAAAAUCAAACAAUCAUAUUCCAUUUGUCAAUGAACGACAAAUUGUAAAUUCAGAUGAUCAGGAUGAUGGAUCGACUAUUCAACAUUCAUCAUUAUUGCAAAAACAACCAAGAUCUCCAUCAAAAUUGCCAUUAUUAACAACAUCGAAUACAUUAACAUUCGGUAACCACAAUAAUCAUUCAUCAUCAUUUGUUCAUAGCCAAAAUUUACCAAUCAAUCAGCUAAUCAUUAUCGAACAGGAAACCAAACAACAACAACAACAGCUGCAAACACUGCCAUCUAUCAAGCACAAUCAUCAUUAUAUCAAAAAAGAAAUUCUACGACUUGAUCUGGAUGAAAAGAAAAAGAAGAAAAAAAAUCUACACAUGUUAUAUAUGGAGAAGUGA